AUGUAUAGGCGUUUGCGGCCCUUCGUAUCGAUACUGAUUUCUGGGUCAAAGCGAUUCAAUUCCAAAAGCAAUAAUUCCCCAAAUCCCAUAAGACUUGACGAAAAGGUGAUCACUGAUAAAUUUAGUGCGCUAAGAGAAAGAUACGAGGCACCAAAAUAUCCUGUAGUGUUAUGCCAUGGGUUCUCAGGGUUUGACCAGCUAAACUUUAUGCCACAUCAUGAAAGGUUUGAGAAGUUAAUAUUCAACGGGGAAUUGUUAAAGUUAGACUACUGGUAUGGGAUUAAGGAAGCUUUAGAGAAUGUUGGUGCAAAAGUUUUGAUUGCAAAAGUUCCAGCUUUUGGUAGCAUCGAGGAACGAGCAACGGACUUAAAUACCUACAUAAAUACCCAAUGCAAACAGUUAAGAAAGGUAGAAACCAAGGAAAGUAUGUACAACAAAGCUUCCAAGGACAAAAAAAGUGAAACUUUUGAAGAGAAGGGUAAGAAAAUAAAAAUUAACCUUAUAGCACAUUCUAUGGGUGGGUUAGAUAGCAGGUACCUCAUUUCAAAAUUAGAACACCCAGAAUAUCAGAUCGUGAGUCUUACUACGGUCUCUACUCCACAUCAUGGCUCUGAAUGUGCAGACUUCAUUAUAGAUAUUUUGCAAAACCGUAAGAUUCUCAAUAAGAUAUGCCCCAAGUCAGUCUCAGAACUCACUACUGAUGCGCUUCAGGAUUUUAACAAGAAGAUAAAGGAUGAUCCAAAAGUUUCCUAUUUUUCAUAUGGUGCCAGAUUCAAGCCUCAUUGGUAUAACAUUUUCAGAAUAACUUGGGGCAUUAUUAAGAGUAGAUUGCUUAAGUCCGAUAAGCUAAAUCAAAAUGAAAAGAAGAGACUAAAGCUGAUAGACAACGAUGGGAUUGUGAGCGUUGAAAGUUCAAAAUGGGGAACCUACUUAGGUACAUUGGAUGAGGUGGAUCAUUUGGACUUGAUAAAUUGGACAAAUAGGACUAGAACUGCCAUAGAUAAAGCAUUGUUCAGAAAAGAGCCGAAAUUCAAUGCCAUAGCAUUAUAUUUAGACAUUGCUGAUAAUUUGAGAAAAAGAGGUUUCUAA